AUGGGAUAUGCCAGUGGAAAUUGUACCCAUAAUCAAGGAUCACUAGGCUCGAUCCCAAGAUCCCUGAAAAGGAAUCUGGAAAAACUAGAGGCUGAAGUAGCUCAAGGACCUCAUGCAGAAGAGUGUGAUCCUAUACGACGGCCGCAACAUAGUAAGAAAAGUGAUGGACUCCUAAGGAGGCUUUUUUUUUUACCAACCUCCUCCUCCUCCUCCUCCUCCUCCUCCUCCUCCUCCUCCUCCUCCUCCUCCUCCUCCUCCUCCUCCUCGAAUCCCAAGGAAAAGAAUCGACCUUCAAUCCCAUCACCACAGCUCAUUCCUAAUUAA